AUGGAGCCGAGUGAUCAGAGAAACAGAGGGAAGGGCGGAAUGUGGGACAUAGCCAGAAGACCCAUGUCUCUCCCCUCUUAUUGUUUGUCGCCCGUGAUCUGGUCAAGCACGAGGACUAGUCCCAUCGAGAAGGCGGCAUCGAACCCCGGAGCCAGCCGCAGGCAAAACACGUCCCUACCAAGUACCAUGCUGUCGGACAUCACGUCUGCCGCCGAUGAAGCUGAAGACACCACUUUCCUCCUGAUCUCCGCCACCACCGCGGCGCUGCCUUCCUCAGCUUCCCCGAGCGUGCUACCUUUCUCAGAGUGGGCGUCGUAGACUGUGCAGCACCUCUGGGAGAAGGAGCCUUCCACUCGUCUCGCGGUGUCCCGUUCCUCCGAUUCCGUAGACCUCCACGAAGAUCCCAGCGGAGUUCCCGACGAUUGAGCGCCUUCCCCGUCCACCUUUUCCCCCAGUAGCCCUUCCCAUUGAAGGGGCUUGAUCCAGCCCCACCACCGCCGUGGAUUGCCGUCUCCGGCAAAUUCUCUGGCGAGACUGAUUUGGGCGUUUUACUUCUUCCGGGUGAUUAUUUUCUGUUUGCAGGAUUGAUCGGGCAGUCCAUCAUCAGGAGUUAUAACGGCGAGGAUGGUGCCACCUCGGACACCAAGCUAGCUCAGCAAGGAGUUAGUUGCGUGCUCUCUCUCUCCUACGACGAUUGGCUCCCCGAUAUAAGGGGCUGUGUUCGACGUAUUGACAUGCGGAACAUUCUCUCCUACGACGAUUUCUCCUUCUUGAUUUUUUCUUUAUCCGGAAGUUCUUGGAGCGGAUCUAGUUUUGCGAAGCCAACAAGUGGUAUCAGAGCCACUCGACUCCACGAGAUCAAGAAGAUGGCCGAGAAGACAGGUGAGGCGAGCACCUCAGGCAAGCGUGGGGGAGAGAUGGUGGCGCUGGUGCCAUCCCUCAAGUUCUCAAAGACCAAAUACAGAGUGUGGUCGAUGUCUAUGGAGGAAUAUUUAGAGUCUCAUGACCUUGGCAGGCAAUCGUUGGGGAGAACAUCUCGAAAAAUAAAGAUCACUUGGUAUUAUCGACAAUCAUCAGUGCGGUUUCAGAAGACCUGCUGACAAUUCUUGACGCCAAGAAGACGGCGAAAGAAAAUUGGGAGAUUCUACGGCAAUGGAACCUCGGCAUGGACCGAGUGAUUCAGUCUCACAUUCAAGGAUUGAAACGAGAAUUUGAGUUGCUUUUCAUAUGGCCAAGACUGACUCAAUUGUGGAUUUCACGAUGA